GGGACAUAGCAACAUCGCACCGGGGAACACCUCUGUAUGGACAGCCAUCUUGGUGGGGGGAUGGGGACGCAGACGACGAGAACUCCUUCAAACAGGAGACCAAGACGUGUGGGAAGAAGCAUGACAGCUCUGCAGCAGAUGGCAGAGAGCCUAAGAGGAGUGAGAGGCCUAUGGAGGAUGGUCUGGGUCCUGAGCCCAGCUACUUUGAGAUUCCUACCAAGGAGUCUCAGAUGGCUGAGGACAGCAUUCAUGAAAUCCCUACUAAAGACACUGAGGGGGCUGCUGCUACCACCGCCAGUAGCGCCAGGGCCACGCCUCACCUCACGCCUUCACCAUCGAGUUUGAUGACACCUCUCCUGGCAAGGUCAGGAUUAAGGACCAUGUGUCCAAACUGACUCCGGACCACCGU